AUGUGGGCGGUGUUGCUGAUGGCCGCCGCGGCGGCCGGGCUGCUGGCGACGGAGGGCCGCACGGCGCAGCAGAUCGAGGCCGUCGCGGCCGCGCUCCUCGCCGUCGACGACCUCAACGCCGCCUACGCGUCGGACAACAUCACCUUCACGCUCGCGGCGGCCUGGGGCGACUACGACGUCGACGUCGUCGAAGCGUCGACGAACGCGACGGCGGGCGGCUUCGUCGUCCUCGCGCGGCCGCCGCCCUGCGACGUCGGGACGGCGUGGAACGGCACGGCCUGCGAGGCCUGCCCGCCGGGCUUCACGCGCGUCGAGGGCGACGCCUGCGCGCCCUGCGCGCCGGGCUCGUUCUCGGACGACCGCCUGCUCUGCGAGCCCUGCGACGAGUACUCCUACCAGCCGGCGUUCGCGGCGGCGUCGUGCCUCGCGUGCCCGGCGAACGCGAAGCGCGUGUCCCAGCGGGGCCUCGUCGUCGGCGACGGCUCCUCCGUGGACCAGUGCCUCUGCGAGGCCGGCUUCUACAGCACGGCGCCGCUGCCGAACGCGACGGCCUUCGACGACGCCUGGGGCGCGCCGGGCGUCGCGUGCGCGGCCUGCCCCGAGGGCGCCGUCUGCCGCGGCUACGCCUACGCGCCCUACAACGAGAAGAACUACUGGGCGGACCCGGCGAACCCCGCGGUCGUGCAGGAGUGCUACAACGACGGCCAGUGCAAGCGCAAGUUCCGGUGCUUCGAGGCCUACGAGGGCCGCGCGUGCACGGAGGUGCGGACGCACGAGUACUUCCUCCUCGGCGGCGCCCUCGAGCUCAAGUGCCCGUCGACCUUCGGCGCGCGCCUCGCGCUCACGGUCUCGCUCGUGCUCGUCGCCGUCGCCGUCUGGAUCUUUUUCAACAGCCUCGUGCUGGCCGAGUGCGAGCUCUUCGACAUCCUGCUGAGCUACGUGCAGACCGUCGCCAUCAUCUCCUCCUUCCACAUCUCCUGGCCCAAGCACGCGCGCUACCUCUUCGUGUUUUUCAGCCUGCUCCUCUUCGACGUCGACGCGGUCGCGCCGAACUGCCUCGUGCGGUGGACGAACCGCCACGCCUACGCGGCCCAGUACGGCCUGUGCCUCGUGGGCACGCUCAAGUGGUACAAGGUCGGCGGCCUCCUCGCCGCGAAGCUCUGGCGCGAGCCCGAGGCGCGGUCGUUCCGCGGGGUCCGCGACGCGUUCCGCUUCGAGACGGGCGAUCUCAGCGACGUCGCCGUCGACGCGCUCGUGACGUCGCUGACGGUCCUCGACCUGCAGCACUUCAUCCUGACCUACAACUUCUUCUCGGCGCGCCCCGGCGUCCCUUUUUUUCUUUCUUCGAGCGCGACGCGCGUCCCCGCGUCGCAGAUCUUCAAGUGCUCCGACGGCGACGUCGACGGCGUCGCGUCGUACGUGCUGAGCAUGCCCGACAUCCGCUGCGAGUCGCGGCUCCACAAGAAGCUGCUGGCCGGCAGCGCCCUGCUCUGGAUCAUCGCGGGCGUCGGCAUCCCCCACGCGAUCAUGGUCAAGAUCUUCCGCGAGUACGCGACGCACGCGGGCUGCCACAGCCCCGCGGUGCUCGCGCGCUUCGGCUGGUCCUUCGAGCGCUUCCGGAGCCCGCUCCACUUCUGGUACAUCGUGCUCAAGUGGCGGUCCAUCCUCAUCUGCGCGAUCACGACGCUCGACGACGGCGCGGUCCAGCUCUUCUGCGGGUCCGCGGUCAUCGCCUGUGUCAUCGCCGUCGAGCAGACGCUGAGCCUGCUGUUCCGCCCCUACGAGAAGACGCUGCUCAACGGCGUCGACACGGCGGGCUUCGUGCUCGUCGCGGCCUUUGCGUCGUCGACGAUCGUCCUAUUCUCCGACGAGGCGCACCGCUUCAAGCAGACGUGGCUCGUGUCCGUCGUCGCGUUCGUCGUCGCGGCGUUCGGCGCCGUCGCGGUGCACGAGGUCCUCGCGAAGCGCGACCGCCUCUUCAAGCAGGCCGCGACGCAGGAGACGAAGCGGCGGUUUCGCGUCGACGACCACCGGGGCAUCCUCUCGAAGCGGCUGUCGGAGUUGCAGCACCGCGCGUCGUCCGUCGCGCACGAGCUCGUCGACAGGGCGCUGCACCACCACGGCCGGUCGAGCCCCUCGAGCCGCGACGCGCCGAAGCACGCGGCGGAGGGCGGGCGGCGCGUCGACCCGGAGCUGCUCCUCGACGCGGUCGCGGAGCUCAGCGACACGCUCUGCGGGAAGCCCUGGCACGCGUUCGUGACGGACCCGGACACGUCGGACGCGGUCUGGGACGACUACCGCGACGCGUCCCUGGCCAUCCGGCCCUUCAACUACCCGGGCGUCAUCGACUUCGUCGUCGAGGAGCUCACGCACGUGGAACGGACGAUCUACUUCGGGUGCAUGCUGCGCCUCGAGCGGUUCCUCCAAAAGGACGGGCACACGCGGCUCCACGAUUUGAUCGAGGAGGCGGACCGGUCGUCGAUCCUCUACUUCCUGCUGUCGGCGUCGAAGGCCGACGCGGACAAGCUCGUCACGGUGCUCCACGGCAUCCUCCGGAGCGCGGACGCGGACGCCGCGGCCCGCGGCGACGCGCUCUGCCGGCCCCAGGGCAGCACAAGAGAGCGAAAUUCCCAACUUCAAAGGCUCCGAUCUCGGCCGUUUUCCACUCGCCGGCCCCGGCGCGCGCGGACGGACGUCGCGGGCCGGCGGCCCUCCUACGGGCUCCAGGACCUCGCGACGCCCGGCGGCGUCAGCUCGAGCCUCGCGGCGGUCCAGGACCAGGUCAGUGGCCACGCGAACGAGCACCACGCGAAGCAGCACAAGACGACCGUCGAGGACUGCGAGAAGGUCGAGGUGCGGGCCGUGCUCCUCUCGCACGUCGUGACGAAGAAGGACGCCGACGACGAGGCGCCCGUCGUCGUCGUCGACGACGAGAUGCCCGAGGCCCUGGGCGAGGUGGCGCGCCGCGAGUCGCGGCGGGCCCUCGUGCCCUACCCGGAGUCGCUCGGCGCGUUCUUCUGCGCCGUCGGCUCUCGCGCCAUGCGCCCUCCGAACCCGCCGUCCUACGGCCUCGAGGCCGACGGCGACGGCUGGCGCUUCACGAGCCCGCCGCUGGACUACGGCUGCGCCGCGUGGUCGCCGCAGAACAACUACGCCAACGGGUGCCCCAUCGGGUUCCCCGGCGCGCGCAAGGCGCGGUCGUCGCACCUCGCGCACACCGUGACGAAGCGGCGCAGCGCGGAGACGGGGCGCGACAUCGCGCUGCUCCGCGUCUACUCGACGGAGCCGAGCGCGGCGCGGCCGACGCUCCUCUACUCCAAGGGCAACAGCUUCGACAUGGGCAUGCUGCGCUACCACUGCGUCCAGCUGGCGCAGCUUUUCGACGUCGACGUCGUCUACUACGACUACGGCGGCUACGGCGCGUCGUCGGGGUCGCCGUCCGCGGCGGGCACGGUCGCGGACGCGAAGGUCGCCGCGGACUACGUCGAGGAGCUCGGCGUCCCCUGGAGCCGCGUGAUCCUCUACGGCUUCUCGCUGGGCAACGGGCCGACGUGCGCGCUCGCGGGCGACGUCCUCCGGGGCCGGGGCCUCCGGGGCGUCAUCCUCCGGUCGGGCUUCGUCUCGGGCGUCGCCGCGGGCACGGACCUCGUCCAGCGCUACGCCGCGUCCUACGUGCCCGCGGGCGCCCUGCCGAGCUGGAUGGACGUCUGGCCCAACGAGAAGCGCUGCGCGGACUUCGACGCGCCGACGCUCGUCGUCCACGGGUCGCGGGACGAGCUCCUGUCCAUGUGGCACGCGGAGCGGCUCCUCGCGGCGCUGCCGGAGGGCCGCCGCGCCGCGCCCUUCUUGGAGGACAUGGGCCACUUCGACGUCGAACGGCACCCGGCCUACGUGCCGCGGCUCCGGAGCUUCAUCCACGGGGAGACCGCGAAGGCCUCGGCGGCCUAA